UUUGGUUGGGAUGAAGAUGCUUUGAUUUUGUUGACAACUGAUCAUGGUGGCAUUAAAACUAAUCAUGGUGGAGAUUCGGAAGAAGAAUUAAACAUAGUUUGGGGUGCCAGAGGUGAAGGAAUUGAGUCAGGUAAAACUCUUAAAGAGGUUUCUAAUAUGAGUAUAGCAGCUGUUAUUUUGACUGCUUUUGGCAAAAAAAUUCCUGAUUAUUUUGAUUCUAAAGUUCCUGAUGGUCUUUGGAAUUAG